CGCGUCUGCAUGUGGGAGUUCGGGCAGAACGACGCGAAGCGCGACAGCGGCUCGAAGCUCGUGCGGCUGGGCCUCGCGCGGACGCAGCCCAUGAAGAAGGCCUUCAACGGCAUCGUGCUGUCGAGCGAGGCGGCGUCGGUCGUGUCGCCGGCGGACCGCGGUACCAUCGAGGCCGGCGGCGUCGCGGGCAUCAACUGCUCGUGGAACCGCUUGGACGAGAUCCCGUUUGCCGCGCUCGGCAAACCGCGGCACCAGCGGAAGCUGCCGUUCCUCGUCGCGGCGAACACGGUCAACUACGGGCGGCCCUUCAAGAUGAACACGGCCGAGGCGCUCGCGGCGACGCUCGCCAUCGCGGGGCUCCGGGAGGACGCGGAGGCGCUCCUCGAGCCCUUCUCCUACGGCGACGAGUUCUUCCGCCUGAACGCGGAGGCGCUCGAGCGCUAUUGCGCCGCGGCCGACGCCGCGGGCGUCGCCGCCGCCGAGGCGGCGUUCCUCGAGGAGUGCGCGGCGGACAAGGCGGACGCUCGC